AUGGUGACAACCACGAAAUGGCGAGACUCAUCACGGGUGAAGAUUACAGCGCCUCAAGACGGGUCAGAAGUAUGGGGCGCGUUCAAGGUGAGACUGGAGGUCCAUAACUUCUUCUCCUCCGUGGUGGAUCCACGAGAGCUCAACGCUCAGAGCGUGGAGGUCUUUCUCGACGGGGAUCUGUUUAAGGCCCUGGCGAUCCCACUGGGGAACCGGACGAGACAGUUUCACAUCCUCACGAUCCCUCCUCUGCCUGCCGGACAGCAUGUCCUGGAAGCGCAGUCGCAGCUGGCAGAAGACUUGGCUGCGUAUCACGUCGCUGGCCGCAAGGAUCAGGUGCUGAAGAAAGGUUCUUGUCUCAUGGAGAAAUCCAACGCCCUAUUGGAGAGAGAACGAGGACUCAAGACAGCGUUGUGGUGCACAAGAGAUGCUUCAGUACUCGGUUGCGAGCUGCUUCCUGCCUUGACUGGCACUACAGACAAGAGCGAUGGCCAACCUUGGUCUAAACAAGAGAGGUGGAAUGCUUCUGAAACAGCCAUCCUAGUCAUCGACAUGUGGGCAUUCCAUGGUUGUGAAUCUUUAAGUGAUCCGACUGAUUUCUGGUCAAUGGAGAUAGCUAGGGAUAUCAAUCGCGCUAUCAUGGCGGCAAGAGACCUUGGAGUUUUCAUCGUGCAUGUUCCCAGCAGCGGGGUCGAAGAGAUGUGGGCAGAGUACCCCGAGCAGCGAGAACGAAUGGUUCCAACAGCCUCCAUCCCCUCCAUCCUCCUACGCCUGACGCCAGGCUGCCUUGGUCAGUCUGUCGAGCCCCUCGAUGACGAGCCGACGCUUCCGAUUCAAGGCGGUGGCUGCGAUGAUGGCAAGACCGAGGCUCCGACCAGAUGGGACGACGAAUCGCACUACCAGAACAGGGACAUCAAGAUCUUCCCGUUGGACGGGCUGAGUGACAGCGCCAAUGAGAUUGUUGGCACUUUCAAGAGGCUCGGCAUGAAGAACGUGGUUGUGACUGGAGUGCAUCUCAACGAGUGCAUACUGAAGAGGCCGUUCGGGAUCCGUCAGCUGUUGAGGGAGGGCUUCAACGUCGUUGUGGCUAGAGAUCUUACAGACUCUCUCUAUGACUCGCGAGACCCACCCUACAUCAGCCAUAGGGCAGCCAACCAUCUUAUGGUCAAGCACGUAGAAACGUACAUUUGCUGUACAAUCUCCAGCCACGAUUUUCACCAGCUGAAUGAGUGA